AUGAUGGAGAGCAUUCAACUCGCCCAGAUGCUGGCGGACCUUAGCGAUCUGAACACGGCGCAAGAAGCACAAGCCGCCGUCGCUCUGGUGAACGCGAACAAGGCAGCGGCACUCAGCGGUCCAACAAGCUCUCCGGCUGCGGCAUCGGAUCCGACAAAGAUGUCGUCGACCGGGGUAGACCAGGCACCAGUCCGGCCCGGCCAGCGUCAUCACCAGCGAGUGGGCUCGACGUCGUCGAUCAUCUCGCGUACGGCGUCGCCGGCCAAGUUCGACAGGUUCGGACGUCGCAUUAUGACCCCACCCAUGACUCGAACCAAUUCAUCCCAGGGUUCGAUCCCUGGCACUCCGCGCAGAGAGGCAGCAGAGGUCAGUAGCAGCGCCCAGAGCAGAGCGAGAUCUACAGACACUUGUACAUACACUUGCACGCGCCACUACCACACUCCUAUUGCCUCCGCGCUCCUUGAUCACAUCUGCCACGCCCCAGAACAACAUAUACUAAAGAGUGCCUGGACGAAACAGCCCGAAGACGAUGUCGACCGCGCCAACUCCCUUAUGGCUCUGUACGACAUACGCAACAAGCUCAAGGAACAGGACAACACUAGCCUCAACAAGCUGCGGGAAAAGAUCUUGGCCUUGCAGCAGACCCGGCAGCAGGCCGAGAAGAGGGAGAGCGGCGGCGGCGGCGGUUCCAGUUCUGAGGGUCGUCAAAGCCGCUUCGCUUACCCCAAGUCGUCAGCUUGA